AUGAAACGUGCUGACGAUACCACCGGGUGCCUUCUCUUCUCCCCUAUCAACCAUGCACAACCUCAGGUCAUGGGCCAGAACUUCGCUCUCAACAUGGCCAGCCACGGCUUCAGCGUGUCCGUCUGCAACCGGUCUCCCGGGAAGGUCGACACCACCGUCGAGCGUGCCAAGGAGGAGGGAGAUCUCCCCCUCGUCGGCUACAAGGAGCCGAAGGAGUUCAUCGAGUCCCUCGCCAAGCCCCGCAAGGUCAUGUUGCUCGUCCAGGCCGGCACAGCGGUGGACGCCACCAUCGCCAACCUCUCCGAGUUCAUGGAGGAAGGGGACAUACUAGUCGACUGCGGCAACGAGUGGUUCCCGAACUCGCAGCGCCGCGCGAAGGAGCUCGAGCCCAAGAAGAUCAUGUUCGUGGGCAUGGGCAUCUCCGGGGGGGAGGAGGGUGCCCGCAACGGCCCCUCGCUCAUGCCGGGCGGGCCUAAGGAGGCGUUCGACGCGCUUGCCCCCAUCAUCACCAAGUGCGCCGCCCAGGUGAACGACGGGCCUUGCACCACCUACCUUGGCAGCAUCGGCUCCGGCAACUACGUCAAGAUGGUGCAUAACGGUGUCGAGUAUGGAGACAUGCAGCUCAUUGCUGAGGUGUACGAUGUACUCAAGCACGUUGCUGGAAUGGACAAUGAUGAGCUUGCUGCGACAUUCGGGGACUGGAACACGGGAGAACUGCAGAGCUUCUUGAUCGAGAUCACGGCGGUCAUCUUCUCCCGGAAGGACGAUCUGACGGACAGCGGGCACGUCGUGGACAAGAUUCUCGACAAGACCGGCACGAAUAAUAACGAGCUAGACCGUUUUUGCGUUCGUAGGAGUACUGCUGUCAAUUGUAAUGUCUCGUUCCUAGUUGGCAUGAAGGGCACGGGCCGGUGGACUAUCCAGGAGGCGGCCGAACGCAGCACCGCCGCCCCGACAAUGUCCGCGGCGCUCGACGCCCGCUACAUCAGCGGGCGCAAAGCCGAGCGCGUGGAAGCCGCCAAGACCCUCACGGGACCCACCGACAUCCCGAAGGUGUCCAAGGAGCAGCUGGUGGAGGACAUCAAGGCCGCCCUCUACUGCUCCAAGAUUUGCUCCUACGCACAGGGCAUGAACCUCAUCAAGAGUGCGUCCAAUCACUUCGAGUGGGGGGUGGACCUCGGCGAGUGCGCCCGCAUCUGGAAGGGCGGGUGCAUCAUCCGAGCGGCCUUCCUCGACGACAUCAAGCGCGCCUACGUCCGCGACCCGGAGCUCGACAAUCUCCUCGUCGACCCAGACUUCACGGCGCAGAUCCUCGAGCGCCAGGCGGCCUGGAGGCGCGUGGUGACGCUGUGCGUUGCCAGCGGGAUCGCCGCUCCGGCCAUGACCGCUUCCCUCUCCUACUUCGACUCCUACCGCCGCGCCCGCUUGCCGGCCAACUUGGUCCAGGCCCAGCGCGACUUCUUCGGGGCGCACACCUACGAGCGCGUCGACAAGGAGGGAACGUUCCACUGCCUCUGGGACGACACCCACAAGGAUAUCGGGGACGUUACCGGUAGAAUCGCGGGCGAGCUGUAGUGUGAGCCGCUUGCCGCCAUGCUUUGUACCUGUCU